UGGAAGCUUUUCUUUUCGGGAGAGAGAGAGAGAGGGCUGGGAAAGUUUGCAUUUUGAUCUGCGUGGUUGGAAUUUUGCGCAAACGAAAUCAGACCCACCUCCAAGCUUGUUCAGACGAACAGCAUUAUCAUUGUGUUGUUGGAGCUUCUUCUUCUCUUUAGGGAAGAUGACGAGCGCGGUGCAUUGUAGCACGGGGAGGUUAGCCGCAAGUAUUUUAGUGUGUUAUUGGCUCGGUGGGCUGAUUUCGCUAUCUUACGCCGCGAGGUUCAGUGCUUCAAGGCAGAGGCUUGAGGUGCAGAAGCAUUUGAACAGGUUGAACAAACCUGCUGUUAAGAGCAUUCAGAGCCCAGAUGGUGACAUAAUAGACUGUGUUCAUAUGUCAAAGCAGCCGGCUUUUGAUCAUCCUUUCCUCAGAGACCACAAGAUUCAGAUGAGGCCUAGUUAUCCCCCUGAAGGGCUCUUUGACGAGAACAAGGUGUCUGCAAAACAGAAAGAGAGAACAAACCCUGUCCGACAGUUGUGGCAUCAGUACGGUAAAUGCCCGGAAGGAACCAUUCCGGUUAGGAGGACAAAGGAAGAUGAUGUCUUGAGAGCUAGUUCGGUUAAGAGAUACGGUAAGAAGAAGCACAGAACGGUUCCCGUGCCUAGGUCUGCAGAUCCCGACCUCAUCAACCAAAAUGGUCAUCAGCAUGCCAUAGCUUAUGUGGAAGGAGGUAAAUAUUUUGGAGCCAAGGCGACUAUUAAUGUGUGGGAGCCGAGGAUUCAGAGGCAGAACGAGUUCAGCUUGUCACAGAUUUGGAUUCUGGGUGGAUCAUUUGGUGAAGAUCUUAACAGUAUUGAAGCUGGUUGGCAGGUGAGCCCGGAUCUAUAUGGCGAUAAUAAUACCAGGCUCUUCACUUACUGGACGAGUGAUGCGUAUCAAGCUACGGGUUGCUACAAUCUUCUUUGCUCGGGUUUUAUUCAGAUCAACAGCGAAAUAGCAAUGGGGGCAAGCAUCUCCCCUGUCUCUGGAUAUCGUAAUUCCCAGUAUGAUAUCAGUAUCCUCAUUUGGAAGGAUCCAAAGGAGGGACAUUGGUGGAUGCAAUUCGGGAAUGACUACGUUUUAGGGUACUGGCCAUCGUUCCUCUUCUCGUACCUAGCAGACAGUGCAUCGAUGAUUGAGUGGGGAGGUGAAGUAGUGAACUCAGAAUCAGAUGGCCACCACACUGCAACACAGAUGGGAAGUGGCCACUUCCCAGAAGAAGGGUUCAGCAAAUCAAGCUACUUCCGGAACAUUCAGGUAGUUGACAGUUCAAACAACCUUAAAGCGCCAAAAGGGCUCGGUACAUUCACCGAGCAAUCCAACUGUUACGAUGUUCAGACAGGUAACAACGAUGACUGGGGCCAUUACUUCUACUAUGGAGGUCCUGGCAAGAACCCUAACUGUCCAUAACCAGGAAUCCAUGCAUGCAGAACCCCCCUCCCUCUCUCCUCUCUCUCUCUCUCUGUGAAUUCACUUGGUAACAUGGGUGAUGUCUCUUAUGUAAUGGGGAAGUUGAAGUUUUGAGGUUGUCUGGUUUUCUUUUUCACUUGUGUCCUAAGGUGUUGUGGUGUAAGAAAGGGAAGAAAGGGAGUUUCUCCAUGUAAGUAGAUGGGGAAGAGGUGGCUUUUCAAGUUUCUUGAAAACUCAUGAGAAACUUGGGCCCUUUGUGAAAAAAAAUUUCACUGCCCCCUUUGUAAUGUGAUAACAUGUUUCUUCUGAUCAUUUCUGUCUCUUGA